AUAAUGUGAAAGGACAUUAAAGAACGCUAUUAAUAGGCAUUUCUUAGGGUGAAACGAGGACAAAAAAAUGACAGGUCACGCUUAUUAUAGCUAAGACUCAUAGAGUUCUCUGAGGUUUUCUCCUAGUGCAUUAUUGUGAGCCGAGUAUCGUGAUAUACAGACUGGGGGAUGGGAGGCAGAGGCGAUUGGUUAGUCAGGCACAGUCAGGGCUUGUUUCAAUGUAACCAGGGGCAGGUCGGCAGAAAGGAAACAAUCAUUUAUGCAAUAUGAAACCUUAAAUGUUAACUACGUUCUUGUGAAUCAUGAACUUUUAUUGUUAGCUACUUCGCCAAAAUGGAGAGGAUCUGACUUGCUAAUGAAUAGGUGAAUUUUUAUUUUUUGAAGGGACCGCCGGUCGAGCAAUAAAGUAAAGAGAAUGAGCACAAGGUCCUGGCCUAGUGGUGUUGCGGCGGCUGGGAUUUUGCAGAUCCGUUCUCACAAAUCGGAAAAAAAUCACGCAAUAUGUCCAAAUUUAAGACGGUUUCACUUGGUUUUGUUGUGACCGAGAUGUAAAUGGAUGGAACCAUGUCGGCGUGAAUUAGUCGUGUGAAUUGUCCAUCAGGGAUGCCUUGGAAUGCUGCGCUAAUCGCCGGGAGUUUCUGGUGCCGGACGGCCUUCUCGCAUCUUGCGGAAACCGGAGCAGUGCCCAGCUUGGACUAGACCCGCCGCGUGCCAUGCAUCUGUCAUCCACACCUGCCCUGAAAGCCACAUCGUCGUUUGCGUACAAUCAACAGGAUACGACGUGCUACAGCCCCCUGAGAAGACUCCAGCACCUGACCUCCAUGGUUUCCGGGCCUGACCUGGGUUUGCCGGAAAGAGACCCUCAGGGUCGGGGGGAUCUGCACUCUCAGAAGUUGAUGGGGGGCAGUGACUUCGGGACCACCCUGGCCCACAUGUGCCCGAUGCCUGGCAAAAGUGAGACAGGCGCCUAUUUGCCCGGCCAGGACUUGGAUAGGAACGGCUUCCCCCCGCCCGCUCCGGACUUCUGCCUGAACCAGUCGACUCCCAUGUCGAACGGGACCCUGCACUUUGAGUCCACCCUCUUUGACAAUGAAGACAGUGAAGAAGAGGAGGUGGAGGAGGAAGAAGAAGAACAUGGGAUGGGAUUCCUGAAACAUGCAUCAAAGAAAGACUGCAAGAGUAAUUUCAAAGACCCCAGCGCCCACUGUAGCGCUAGGGUGGAUUUUAACGCCAGCAAACCAGACCCUGACAGCCGCGGUGUGGUGGGUCAGAAGCUAGCGGGGCCAGGCCUACCUGUAGAAGAGUGCUCCUCGGUGCCCGGUACCAAGUUCAUGGCCCCGGUGGAUGAGGCGGAGGUUUCAGAUGAGUACUCGGACAGCGAUUGCGAGUUGCCCACGUUGGGCUACAGCAGUGACCCGUCCCAAGCCAUGGCUGACCACUGCGGCACUUCUGCCAACCCUCCCACUAGUCCAAGGAAGAAGGCCCCCCCAGAGGUGAAGUACUCCGUGGGGGACCUGGUGUGGGCCAAAUUCAACCGCAGACCCUGGUGGCCCUGCCAGGUGAUCAAUGACCCGCUGGAUGGAACCUACACUCGAAUGAAAGAGCCCAGCCGAAGGCCCUGCCGGCAGUACUUUCUGAGGACCUUUGGAGAGACGGUGGACCAGGCCUGGGUCCCUGGGAAGGCCACCUGUUCCUUCGCAGGGGGCCACCAAUUUGAGCAGCUCCCUGUGCUGCGAAGGAGAGGGAGACAGAAGGACAAAAACUACAAGUACACGAUAGCAAAACGUUUUCUGGAGGAUUGGAGAGUCAGUGUGCUGGAAGCUGAAGCGCUGCUUCCCGAGGCCCUGAAGAAAGCGCUUCCAGUUGCACCUGCUGAGAAGAAGAGUCCGAGCGCCCCAGUCACAGAGGAUCAGGUCACAGACACUCCGUCCCGCCCCGCCGCGCCCCCCUCACCCGCUCACCUCUCCAACGGGAAAGCGCCGCCCCCGAACGAGCCCCCGCGAACGAAGGACAGCGGGACCAAGAAACCGCGCGUUAGAAGUAAGUCGGGCGGCGCGUCCAAAACGCCGGUCGCUAAAAACGAUGGACCAAUCUCCAAGAAAGCAGGCGGCGCGACGAAGAGACCCCACAAUGUGCCUGCCGCAGCCGGUCAGCUUGAGAAGGAGCCCAGGGACAACCCCUACUCUGACCUUGAUUCCGUACCCAAGAUCCUUUGCCCCAAACCUUCUGAGAAGACCUCAAAGCAGGACAACAGACCAACAGCGUUGCCUGCUGGGAAAGCGGCAAAAAAGAAGCAAUCGGGGACUAACGGGAAGGCCGUGUGGUCGAACAGGGAGGGCAGAACUCCAGCUUUGUUGGACUCUGAGCACAGUUUUGAUGAUCUCCUCUUCAGUGAUGGGACUGUAAGUAUGGAGAACAUAAAGCAGGAGAGUUUUAGUCCCCCGGAGCUGCUGGACCUGCACAACCUGUCCCGGAAGCCCGUGGACGAGCACUCGGCCUGCCUCCCGGCCAGCAGCCGGCUGAUGACCAGGGCGCUGAGGAGCCAGGAGCAGGAGGAUCGCAGGGAGAGGGUCCUCCGCAGCGGACUGCGCAGCCGAAACGCAGAGCCCCCAUUCGCCAAACCGGAGGUGGAGCAAGACGAUGCUGUUGCUGCUAGGUCUCCCCCUGAUGCAUUGGAAUCGUCACACGGCCCCCAGCGGGCAAACCCACAAUCCUCAGCUGGCGCUUUUCCGACCAAUGAGACUACACCUCCCACAAUCCCUGGCUCUCCCCGAGACACACCGCUCCUGAAAUACACGGCUACGAAGCCCCAGAAAGACAGCGUCCCCAACGGAGCACUGAUUAAGGCCGAAGAGGAGGACUGCUGGAUCCCUGGUUCCUCCGGUGCUUCUCUGCACGUGAAAAAAGAGGGCGGCCUGUCGGAUAUCUCCUCCUGUUACUCCUCCUCGCCUCCCCUCUCCCCAAUGGACGCCUUCCAAGACAUCAAGGAAAUAACCUUCAAGUCCCUGAUGAACGAAGACGGCGCUCCAGGCAAGCCUGUUACCUUCCGGCCGGAUUCAAAAUUCCAGUUCAGCACCUUCCUGAUGCUGCUGAAGGACGUGCACGACAUCAGAGAGCGGCACGGCACCCCUCUGAUGAUGGGGGCGGGCACAAAGGGCCCCAGCCGGGCGCUGAUGAAGGAGGAACCCUCUCUGAUGCCUCCCCUCCCGGGGGAGGAACCAGCGGGCGGACAGGGUCCCGGUCUUUACGAGCAGGACUGGACUGCAACGACCAGGGUGCGAAACGGUCAGCGGGGAAAAGCGGCAGAUUCCAAGUGCCCGCGGCCGAGACCCAAGAGGGUGAGGCCCAGGCCCGCCCCGAAGAAGAAGCUCUCCAAAUACGAGGGCGAUCCCGUUUUCUCACCCUCGAAAAGCGUGCGGCCCAAAAAGCCGCGCCCCCCGGAGGCCAAGAGGGCGGGCGCCAACAGCGUGCCCCUGGAGCUGGCCGAGCAUGCCUACGGGCGGGACCUCGCGCACGACGGGAGGGCGGGCGGAGACCCCACCAGCGGCCACGGUGCCCUCCCGGAGGGGUGCGGCCAGAGCAGGGUCAACGACGUGGCCCCGAAGAAGCGCUGGCAGAGGCAGGAGCAGGGCGGGGCCGCAGGGGAGAGUCCGGAGGGGUUCGGCAGGGGAGGGGAGCCCCCCACGGAGGUGCCUUCAGGACUAAGCGGUGCCCGCGCAGUUGUCCCGGGACAAGCUCAAGACCCCUCCAGGCCUUCUCAUCCAAAGAACGACACAGCACAUUCAGAAAACAAACGCCUCAGAAAGCCGAGUAAAAGACUGAUAGAAUGGACCGAAGAAUACGACAAGAUUUACUCUGUGAAGAAGAAGCCGAAGAAGAGCACAGAGUCUUCUGUAACGGAACCCCAGCCAAACAGCGGCAGAACGGAGCAGCUGGCGUCAGGGAAGAUCAUGCAGGACCUGAUAAGCUCGCUGCCGGAGCUGCAAACUCCGCCCCCCGAGGAGCAAUUAAAGGCUCUUGUUGCACAAGACCCGGCAGUCUUGGAACAGACUCCUCCCCAAGAUGGCCACCCCCCUCCCGUAGAUACACUAACCCCACCCCCUGAAGCGCCUUCGCCUUCGGGUGUGGGGGAAUUAGGGAAAAUUGAUCAUUCUGUGGUAUCUGAAAACCAUGAGAGAAAGAGACAGAGGAAACCAACCAAGAAGAUCUUGGAGUCUGCCAUAGAGGCAGAGCCUAUUACAGUCCCAAAGAAGAAGGAGUGUAGGGAGCCAGCUAGAUGGACAGGGGAGGAGUGGAAGAGCCAGGACAAUCAGGAAGUGCUGCCGGAGGUGAAAUGCGCGAAGAAAGAAGUGCCUGUAUCCGCCUUGUCAUGCCACGCUCCCUGCUCGGAUAAACAGGAGAGCUCCUCCCCCUCCCCCCGCCGGAAGAGCCUGGAGGGAGGGGCCAGCUGCGACACCACCAUGGAUGGAGAGGGAGGCGACGGCGAUCUCCAUGCCAACGGCGAGGGCGCGCUCGACUCGGAGGAGCCCUCGCUGGCCGAUGGAGGGCUCUCCCUCAGCAAGAGACCUCCCGGGGAGAGAGGGGGCGCGGCCUCCAUGAAAGAGAACGUCUGUCAGGUGUGCGAGAAGACGGGAGAGCUCCUGCUCUGUGAGGGUCAGUGCUGCGGAGCGUUCCACCUGCAGUGCAUCAGCCUGACCCAGACGCCGCAGGGCCGCUUCAUCUGCAACGAGUGCACCACAGGUGUGCACACCUGCUUUGUGUGCAAGAAGCCCGGCUCGGACGUGAAGCGCUGCAUGAUCCCGGUGUGCGGGAAGUUCUACCACGGCGAGUGCAUCGCCAAGCACGCGCCCACCGCCCCCCAGGGCCGCGGCUUCCGCUGCUCGCUCCACGUCUGCCUGUCCUGCUACAUCACCAACCCCAACAACCCCUCCGUCUCCAAAGGCCGUCUGACCCGCUGCGUGCGCUGCCCUGUUGCAUACCACGCCAACGACUACUGCAUGGCGGCCGGCAGCGUCGUCCUGGCCAACAACAGCUUCCUGUGCCCCAACCACUUCACCCCCCGGCGGGGCUGCCGAAACCACGAGCACAUCAACGUCAGCUGGUGCUUCGUCUGCUCUGAAGGGGGCAGUCUCCUGUGCUGCGAGUCCUGUCCUGCGGCUUUCCACCGCGAGUGUCUGAACAUAGACAUGCCCGAGGGCAGCUGGUUCUGCAACGACUGCCGGGCCGGGAAGAAGCCUCACUACAAGGACGUGCUCUGGGUCAAAGUGGGCAGAUACAGGUGGUGGCCCGCAGAGGUGAGUCACCCCAAAAGCAUUCCCGAGAACAUCCAGCGCAUGAGACACGACGUGGGGGAGUUCCCUGUGCACUUUUUCGGGUCCAAGGAUUACCUGUGGACCUACCAGGCCCGGGUCUUCCCUUACAUGGAGGGAGACGCCAACAACAAGGACAAGAUGGGGAAGGGCACGGACGCCAUCUACAAGAAAGCUCUGCAUGAAGCAGCACAAAGGUUCCAGGAACUGCAGGCGGAGAAGGAGAUGAGGCAGCUCCAGGAAGACAGGAGAAAUGACAAGAAACCUCCACCAUACAGACACAUAAAGGUGAACCGGCCAAUAGGGAAGGUGCAGAUCAUCACGGCCGACCUGUCGGAGAUCCCGCGCUGCAACUGCAAGGCGACGGACGAGAACCCGUGCGGCAUGGACUCGGAGUGCAUCAACCGCAUGCUGAUGUACGAGUGCCACCCGCAGGUGUGCCCGGCGGGCGAGCGCUGCCAGAACCAGUGCUUCACCAAGCGUCAGUACACCCCGGUGGAGAUCUUCCGCACGCUGGCCCGGGGCUGGGGCCUGCGCAGCGUCACCGACAUCAAAAAGGGCGAGUUUGUGAACGAGUACGUGGGCGAGGUGAUCGAUGAGGAGGAGUGCCGGGCGAGGAUUAAGCAUGCUCAGGAGAACGACAUCUGCAACUUCUACAUGCUGACCCUGGACAAGGACCGGAUAAUCGACGCCGGGCCCAAGGGGAACCAGGCCCGCUUCAUGAACCACAGCUGCCAGCCCAACUGCGAGACGCAGAAGUGGACGGUGAACGGGGACACGCGGGUGGGACUCUUCGCCCUGGUGGACAUCCCUGCAGGUGUGGAGCUCACCUUCAACUAUAACCUGGAGUGUCUGGGCAAUGGGAAGACUGUGUGCAAGUGUGGAGCUCCGAACUGCAGCGGCUUCCUGGGAGACAGACCCAAGAACCAGCCCUCAGCGGAGGACAAGGCCCGCAAGCUGAAGAAGAAGGUUCCGGUGAAGAGGAAGAACAAGCUGGAGGUGCUGAGGGAGCGUGAGGAUGAGUGCUUCAGCUGUGGGGACGGGGGGCAGAUCGUGUCCUGCAAGAAGCCCGGCUGUCCCAAAGUCUACCACGCAGACUGUCUCAACCUGUCCAAGAGGCCUGCAGGACGCUGGGAGUGCCCGUGGCACCAGUGCGAUGUGUGCGGGAGCGAGGCGGCCUCCUUCUGCGAGAUGUGCCCGAGCUCCUUCUGCCGCCAGCACCGGGAGGGCAUGCUCUUCAUCUCCAAGCUGGACGGCCGGCUGUCCUGCAGCGAGCACGACCCGUGCGGGCCCGACCCGCUGGAGCCCGGCGAGAUCCGCGAGUACGUGCCCGAAAAGGCCGCCCCGAGGGGCCCGGGCGGGGCCCUGCCGCAGCUGCCCCCCCUCACCGCCGGCGCCGCCACCCCCGCCCCUGCCGCCGGGACCGGCCAGCCUGCCCCCAAACCGAUGCCUGCGCCCAUCUUCCCCGCCCGCGGCCCUGCCCCGCCCCCCCUGUACAUGUCAGACACUGCUGCUCAGCUCCCCCCCACUGCCCAGGGCAAGCCCAUCAAAAAGGAGGAGGCGGAGAGCAAGGAGGAGGGACCAAAAGAGGUGGAGCAGGGCGCCGAAGACCUGGAGGAAGAUGAGGAGGCGCUGGAGGAGGAGGAGGAAGAGGAGGAAGAGGAGGAGGAGGCUCUGGAUGAGGAUGGGGAGGAGUUUGCAGAGGCCACCAGGGGGCGGCAGCAAGGCUGGAUCACCCGGAUGAUAGCCCAGCCAAGCGCAAACUGA